AUGUCUCUUGACAGAUCAAUCACCGCAUGCCUUUGCUCUUGGGGCCGUCACUCAGGCUACGUUGAAGUCCUUGUUAGAGAUGUUGCCGGAGGAGGUUUUGACAUCGCAUUUAUAGAAAGGUAUUUUGGCAGUCAUGCCGAUGUUGGCAAGCACACGGUGUUUGUAUCAAGCAGUGAGGAUGAUUCUCAGCGUGUCACGGAGUUUUCAGUGUUCUAUAACCGCAAUCUUCAUCGUAAUGGUACCCAGGGCUGUCCAUAUCUCGUCCUUAAAAUCGCAGAAGGAGGGCGUGCUGAUAAUUUGACGCGUUCUGAUUAUGUCGCCGUCAUCGUUGCUAUUGACGAAAUACUGCAGGCUGUUCCCCCUAGCGAUACUGCUGCACAAGGCGGCCAAGUAUCCACUGAUUUAUACAUCAUUAUAUGCGUCGAUCUCGCGUCAGAGUAUGUUAAAUUGGGCGAAACGAUGCGUGCCAAUUCCAAUUUUGCACGGAGUUCAGUAGUGCUGAAAUCGAGUGAUGUUUCCGACGAAGUGUGCUUGAGAGAGUGCGGUGAGAAGCUGAUAUUUGGGAUGUCCAGUAGAGCUUCCCUGUCCGCUGCUCGAAUUCAGCAGGUUGCACAUCAUGCCUUGAAACUACAUACUCUUCAGCUUUCUUUGGUAUCCAUUUCUGUAUUUACAUUUGGCCGUCUUGAGGAAACGGACCUGAUUGAGUCUACGGAAAUGAGCAAGAGUGGACGCGCAUGGGAGGGGUACAUAGGACGACGACUCACCGCACCCCUUGUCAUAAACGAUGUCCCCUCCUAA